GUCCGCCACCGUGUUAUGGGCGUGCGCAACUGCCUCGACGGCAAUAAUAUGUCAGGACAACGCGAUAUCCCCCUUGAACUCGGGGAACAGCCCGAGCAACCAUCUUUGGAGGCCCCAGGGGCAGCUGCCCCCAGUCCUGGGCCUGGCGCAGCCGAAGAGAUGGAGACCGAACCGCCUCACAGCGAGCCCGUCCCCAUCGAGAUUGAAGGCGAGGCCUGUGGACCCCCAGAGGUCUCCAGGCCCAACUUUCAGAACGUGGGAGAGGCCAUCGAAGAAGCAGGAGCCCAUGGAGGCUACAGCCCACCUCCUGAGGAAGCCAUGCCCUUCGAGGUCGAGCAGCCCUGCUCAGGAGGCUUCUGGCCUACCCCGGAGCAGCCUGGAGACACCGCUGGGGCCCGUUCAGGCCUGGAGGUCUUUGGCCCAGCGCUCAAGGAGCCCGGAGCCUUCGGUGAUGCCAGACCGGGCCUGGGAGGCUACAGCCCUCCACCCGAGGAAGCCAUGCCCUUUGAGUUUGAGCAGCCUGCCCAGGGAGGUGGCAGCCAGCCUCUCCUGCAGGUCUCAGACCUCGCUCCAGGAGGCCCAGGUGCGGGGGUCUUUAGCACGCCUCCCCAGGAGCCCCAAGCUCUCAGACCUGCAAACGCAGGCUUUGGAGGAGACCGCAGCCCUCCCCCUGAGGAGGCUAUGCCAUUUGAGUUUGAUGGAGCAGCCUUUGGGGACGACAGCCCACCCCCUGGGCUCCCCCGAGCUAUCCCACAAAUCGACGGCGUUGGCGGCGGCGGCGGCGGCAGCGGCGGCCAGUCCGCGGCAGCUGCGGUCUCGAGUGCGGUCCGCCUCGCUCCCGCCGCGAACGAGCCCCCCCUCUGGGUCCCAGCCGCCAUCGGCAGCCCAUCCCGAGAGGCUGUCAGAUCUCCUCCACACUUCGCGGGCGACAGCCCCCCGAUGGAGAUCUCCGGACCCCCGCUCGAGAUUGGUAGCGCCCCCGUUGGGGUCGACGACGCUCCCGUCAACAUGGACAGCCCCCCAAUCGCGCUUGACGGCCCGCCCAUCGAGGUCUCCCGAGCCCCAGUUAAGAGAGAGCGAGCAGAGGGAGAGAGACCCCCAGUUGAGGGAGAAGCAGCCGAGAUGGAAGGAGGCUCAGCCGCAGCUGCUGCGGAAGGAGGAAAAGUCCCCUCUCCGGGGGACGGAGCCCCGGACGCCGGGGCCAAGCCUGCUGCUCCAGCCGCCGGGGCAGCCGCGGCUGCCCCUGACACUCCAGCCGCCGGGGCAGCCGCUCCUGCCGCCCCUGACGCUCCCGCCGCCGGGGCAGCCCCAGCCGCCCCUGACGCUCCCGCCGCCGGGGCAGCCCCAGCCGCCCCUGACGCUCCCGCCGCCGGGGCAGCCCCAGCCGCCCCUGACGCUCCCGCCGCCGGGGCAGCCCCAGCCGCCCCUGACGCUCCAGCCGCCGGGGCAGCCCCAGCCGCUCCAGCCGCCCCAGCCGCCCCUGACGCUCCAGCCGCUCCAACCGCUCCAGCCGCUCCAGCCGCCCCAGCCGCUCCAGCCGCCCCAGCCGCCCCAGCCGCUCCAGCCGCCGGGGCAGCUGCUCCUGCCGCCCGGGCAGCCCCUGCCGCCCCUGCGUCUGGAGCCCGACCCAAGCUCCGCUUCCUUAGACCCCCCAGCCCCGAGAUCCAGGCUGCCGAUCCGCCUACUCCGCAGCCUACUCGCGCAUUUGCCUGGCGGGGCAGGUCUGGCCGCAGCCGCGACGACGACGAGGGGUCGGUCAGCAGCGACGACCACAGCAGCGAUGAGUCCGACGAUGGGACCUCCGGAUGCCGCCGCUGGCUGCAGCCCCGGCGAAAUCGCCGCCGCCGAAAGCCCCGGCGCAACUUGCUCCGCAACUUCCUCAUGCAGGCCUUCGGGGGCUGCUUCGGCCGAUCUGAGAGCCCCCAGCCCAAAGCCUCGCACAGCCCCAAGGUCAAGAAGAUUCCUCUGGCGGAGAAGCGCAGACAGAUGCGCAAGGAAGCCCUGGAGAAGCGCGCCCAGAAGCGCGCAGAGAAGAAACGCAGCAAGCUCAUCGACAAACAACUCCAGGAGGAAAAGAUGGGGUACAUGUGUACGCACCGCCUGCUGCUUCUAGGUGCCGGAGAAUCUGGUAAAAGCACCAUUGUGAAGCAAAUGAGGAUCCUGCAUGUUAAUGGGUUUAAUGGAGAGGGCGGCGAAGAGGAUCCGCAGGCUGCCAGGAGCAACAGCGAUGGUGAGAAGGCGACCAAAGUGCAGGACAUCAAAAACAACCUGAAGGAGGCGAUCGAAACCAUCGUGGCCGCCAUGAGCAACCUCGUGCCCCCCGUGGAGCUGGCCAACCCUGAGAACCAGUUCAGAGUGGACUAUAUUCUGAGCGUGAUGAACGUGCCUGACUUCGAUUUCCCUCCUGAGUUCUACGAGCACGCCAAGGCUCUGUGGGAGGAUGAAGGAGUGCGCGCCUGCUACGAGCGCUCCAACGAGUACCAGCUCAUCGACUGUGCCCAGUACUUCCUGGACAAGAUUGAUGUCAUCAAGCAGGCUGACUAUGUGCCCAGCGAUCAGGAUCUGCUUCGCUGCCGCGUCCUGACUUCUGGAAUCUUUGAGACCAAGUUCCAGGUGGACAAAGUCAACUUCCACAUGUUUGACGUGGGCGGCCAGCGCGACGAGCGCCGCAAGUGGAUCCAGUGCUUCAAUGAUGUGACUGCCAUUAUCUUCGUGGUGGCCAGCAGCAGCUACAACAUGGUCAUUCGGGAGGACAACCAGACCAACCGCCUGCAGGAGGCCCUGAACCUCUUCAAAAGCAUCUGGAACAACAGAUGGCUGCGCACCAUCUCCGUGAUUCUGUUCCUCAACAAGCAAGACCUGCUCGCGGAGAAAGUCCUUGCUGGAAAAUCGAAGAUUGAGGACUACUUUCCAGAAUUUGCUCGCUACACUACUCCUGAGGACGCUACUCCCGAGCCCGGAGAGGACCCACGCGUGACCCGGGCCAAGUACUUCAUCCGUGACGAAUUUCUGAGAAUCAGCACUGCUAGUGGAGAUGGGCGCCACUACUGCUACCCCCACUUCACUUGCGCCGUGGACACCGAGAACAUCCGCCGUGUGUUCAAUGACUGCCGUGACAUCAUUCAGCGCAUGCACCUCCGUCAGUAUGAGCUGCUCUAAGAAGGGAACGCCCAAAUUUAAUUAAAGCCUUAAGCACAAUUAAUUAAGAGUGAAACGUAAUUGUACACGCAGUUGAUCACCCACCAUAGGGCAUGAUUAACAACGCAACCUUUCCUUUUCCCCCCAAGUGAUUUUGCGAAACCCUCUUUUCCCUUCCGCUUGCUUAAAUAUUCCAAAUUUAGAAAGCUUAAGGCGGCCUACAGAGAAAAAGAAAAAGAUAAAAAGGCCACAAAAGUUCCCUCUCUCUUUCAGUA